AUGGAGGAGAACAGGUGGUUUUUGUCCAUCAUUCAGAAUGAGUUCAGGAAUGGAAAGAUUGAUUUGGACGACACAAUGCAGUUACUUAAAAAACUCCAAAUGUCUUUUGAUUUUGCCCAUGUGAAACACGUUUUCAAGAAAACAGUUGAUAAACGAAAGGGCCAUUCGAUUAACAUUGAAGAUUUUAUGACGAUUUAUCGAGCAAUCACACACAGGCCCGAAUUUACUGAACUUUUCUGUGCCUACUCACCGAACGGCAGAAUUCUGCCUCACAGCAAGCUCACUGAAUUUCUCCAAAAAGAACAACACGAAACUGAGGCUGGUGAAGUGACUGCUUUGGAAAUUAUUUUGAAGUAUGAACCAAUUGAAGAAGUGAGAAAAAGAAGAGAGAUGUCAUUUGAAGGAUUUAUACGGUACCUGAACUCGGAAGACUGUGCAAUAUUCAGGAACGAUCACAGGACUGUAUACCAAGACAUGAACCGCCCUUUAUGUGACUAUUUUAUUUCAUCGUCUCAUAACACCUAUUUGAUAUCUGAUCAACUAAUAGGACCCAGUCACUUAUGGGGAUAUACCAGCGCUCUCUUAAAAGGAUGCCGUUGCCUGGAAAUCGACUGCUGGGAUGGCUCCAACAAGGAUCCUGUUGUGUACCAUGGUCACACUUUAACCAGCAAGAUUCCAUUUAGUUCUGUAAUCCAAGUGAUAAACAAGUAUGCGUUUGUGGCUUCUGACUAUCCAGUUAUACUCUCUUUGGAGAACCACUGCAGCCCGACGCAACAAGAAGUGAUGGCAGACUAUUUGGAAAGUAUUCUAGGCGACAAACUUCUCACUUCAACAAUUGGUGAUACGGAUGUCACUCGGCUACCUUCUCCUGAGGCAUUAAAAUUCAAAAUUCUGAUAAAGAACAAAAAAGUUGGUACGAUUGAAGAAGGUAUGCUGAGGAGAGAACUUGACAGUCGUGGUGAGACAGCGGAAGUUUCCGACUUUGAAAUUUUGUCCGACGAAGAUGAGGCUGAUGAUAAAGCUCCUCUUUAUCCAAAGAGUGAUUCCCCAAAAAGAAAAAGUAAUCAUAGACCUUCAGCCCCACCUCGAAAAAAAGCGAAGAUGAAGAAGAUGAAAAUUGCCUUUGCAUUGUCGGAUCUUGUAAUUUACACCAAAUCUGAGAAGUUUGUGAGCUUCGAGCAUUCUCUAAGUAAUCAGAAGUGCUAUGAAAACAAUUCUAUUGGAGAGACUCGUGCACGGAAAUUUGUAAAACAUUCAGCUGAGGAGUUUGUUUCACAUACUUCAAGAUUCCUUACAAGAAUCUACCCCAAAGGAACAAGAACGAACUCUUCAAAUUAUAAUCCUCAAGAGUUCUGGAAUGUGGGAUGUCAACUGGUGGCCUUAAAUUUCCAGACGCCAGGACUACAAAUGGAACUGCAAAAUGGAAAAUUCCUGGACAAUGGCAGUUCUGGCUAUAUUCUGAAACCCGAAUUCUUGAGGAACCGCAAUUCAACAUUUACCCCUCACAAUGUCGGAAGAUAUAGUAACCCAAUACGUCUGUCCAUAAGGCUCAUCAGUGGUCAUCAGUUACCACCGAGCAACCUGUCAAAGACGAACAAAGCUGACCCAUUAGUACACAUUGAGAUUUAUGGUGUGCCAGAGGAUCAAACAAAAAGAAAAUCUAGUGUUGUAAAAAGCAAUGCUUUGAAUCCUCGAUGGAACGAAAUAUUCUCAUUUACUGUCCAAGUUCCGGAACUGGCAUUGAUACGGUUCUGUGUCGAGGAUGAGAUCUCUCUGGUUGCAAACGAAUUUCUGGGUCAAUAUACUCUGCCACUGCUGAGCCUGAAAAAAGGUUACCGAACCAUUCCCCUGUUGGCUGAAGACGGCGGCAAUCUCGAGGCUGCAUCCCUGUUUGUUCACAUCUGGUACUACUAA